AUGGCGAUCAUUGUCAGUGGUUCGCCUUCUCAUUUCUUCAAAACCUCUCGGGGCUUAAGGCAGGGAGAUCUUAUUUCUCCUAUUUUGUUCACUAUUAUGGCAGAGAGCUUGGGCAGGUUUAUCCAGAAACAAGUUAAGGAUGGACUUUUGAGAGGAUUGAAACCUACUUCUGCUAUCUUGAUAUGCUCUCAUCAAAAAUUUGUUGAUGAUACUAUUCUAAUGGGGACUUCGUUUGUUGGGGAAGCCAUAGUUUUAAAGUCAGCUUUAAAUCUUUAUGAAAGAGCUUCAGGGCAAAUGGUUAAUAGAGCUAAAAGUUCCAUUUUUUUCUUCAACACUCCCGAGGUGAGACGGAAGAAGAUUGCUAACAUUCUCGGAUGCUCAGAUGGUGUGCUCCCCUCCACGUAUCUAGGUCUUCCUCUGGGGUCUAAACCGUCUGAUUAUUUCUGGCUUUCUCUGAUUGAUCAUUUUAACAGGAAGUUGGCUGGGUGGAAGGGUGGACUUUUAAGUCAGGCUGGGAAAGUCCAACUUUUAAAGUCCACUCUUUAA